GAAAUUUUGACCCAGAAAUUGAGAAUUUAAAAAAAAGAGACUCGAUAUAUAGUUGUCGACUUGUACAUUGGGGCCAAAAUGGAUGCAUUGACGAAUUCGGUGGAGGAAGAGGAGAAUGGCCCACUAAAUGUCACGAAAUUGAUUGGCGGCAGUAUAACUGCCAAGGACAUAAAGCUACUGCAGCAGGCAAGCCUUCACACGGUGGAUGCUGUGGCCAACGCGACGCGCAAGCACCUACUGGCCAUUCCCGGCCUCGGUGGGUCCAAGGUGGAUCAAAUCAUUUCCGAAGCCUCAAAAAUGGUGCCCCUUGGCUUUCUCAGUGCCCGUACCUUCCAUCAGAUGCGCGCAGAUGUCGUUAUGCUGACAACUGGCUCCAAGGAGUUGGACAAGCUGCUUGGCGGCGGCAUCGAGACGGGUUCUAUUACUGAGAUCUUUGGCGAGUUCCGCUGUGGCAAGACUCAAAUCUGCCACACCCUGGCAGUCACCUGCCAGCUGCCCAUCAGCCAGAAGGGAGGCGAGGGCAAAUGCCUGUACAUAGACACAGAGAGCACCUUCCGCACGGAACGUCUCUCGGCCAUUGCCCAAAGGUUCAAACUGAAUGAAUCCGAGGUUUUGGACAACGUUUCCUGUGCCCGGGCCUACAACAGCGAUCAGCAAACCAAACUGUUACAAAUGGCUGCGGGCAUGCUGUUUGAAACCAGAUAUGCCGCUGUUAUUGUCGAUAGCGUCAUGGCCCUCUACCGCUCGGACUACAUAGGACGGGGCGAGCUGGCCGCCCGGCAGAACCACUUGGGAUUGUGCAUGCGGCAGCUUCAGCGCUUGGCAGACGAGUUCGGGGUGGCUGUGGUCAUCACCAACCAGGUGACAGCCCAGCUGGACGGCGGUGGUGGCAUGUUUGUUGCUGACGCCAAGAAGCCGGUGGGAGGGCAUAUUCUGGCGCAUGCCUCCACCACUCGACUCUAUCUGCGAAAGGGCAAGGGGGAGACGCGCAUCUGCAAGAUCUACGAUUCCCCCUGUCUGCCCGAGUCGGAGGCGAUGUUUGCGAUUCUGCCAGACGGCAUAGGCGAUGCCAAGGAGGGGCACUGAUUAUUAUACUAUUAGCUUCUUAAGAUCUACUAUACUAUGUACAUGUGCUGCAAGCAGGUGGCCACUUUCAAGGAACGAUUAAUUGAUUAAUGAAUUUAAAUAAGGCAUUUCUCAAUUUAUUUUAAUUGCUUAAUUAUGAAAUCAAAAAUGAAAUAUUUUUUUUUAUCAAAGAUCACUUAAUGGUUGCUUCACUGUACUGCGUAUAGGUCGGAGUUACGCGGAAAUUCCAUGAUUAUUUUACGUGUAGGUAAAAACAGUCUUCGGUUAGAGGCAGCGUUUUCUGACCUGACCCACACGAGAUAAAAGACAAGAUGGAAAAGCAGCGGAUGCCGACUACGCUGAUUCUAGACGAAAGGCAGAAGAAAAGCGCUCGCAGCAGAAGCAGCAGCAGACUGUACGCAUGCUAGGAAACACGUGUCGGGUCGCCUUCAAUAACAGUAGAUUGGUAGAGGUCUGGCCAGAUAAACGAAAAAGAUUGUUUAUUCGAGUAAUUUACGUAUGUAUCAUCUAUAGCUUUAUUCUUGAUCAAACAUUUCUACACACAUAGUAAAUAAAAUUUUACGGAUCGAAAGAUGUGAAUGUUCAUGGUUCACUCAUCCAUUUAUCCAAUAAAUUGAAGAUGAUUUCACGUCGAGAGUCGUCGAAAAUGAA